AUGAACAAGCUCAAGCAGGUCCUGAAGGGAGGCAGCAGCGCCGACCAAGGUUAUGACAAUGCCGGGGGGGUGGGCACUGGCUCUAACAUGGAGGGGGGCACGAUGGGAGGGGGCAUGGAUCAGGGGGGAAUGGGUGGAAUGGGUCAGGGAAUGGGGGGUGGAACAGAUCAGCAGGGGGGCAUGGAAGGAGGAAUGGGGCAAGGAAUGAACGGGGGAAUGGGGCAGGGAAUGGGUGAAGAAAUGGGCCGUCAGGGUGGCAUGGGGGGGGAGUUUAACCAGGGGGGCAUGGGGGGGGGGUAUGGGACAGGAAGGAAUGGGGGGGGGCAUGGGAGGAGGAAUGGGCCAGGGGGGUAUGGGAGGGGGGGGAAUGAUGGGAGGGGAGAAUCAGGGAGGGGGUGGCAUUGUGGGGGGGAUUGA